CCCCCUUUCUUCUUAUAGAGCCAUGCUAAAAACUGCGAAGUUCUCUUGCUGAGACCACUACAGCUAUGGAGAAUCGUGAAGGAAGUAGAAGAGAUAUAGCCAGAAUCGAUGGAGAGGAAACAACUGGUUCUUCGGUAGUGUUUGCAACCGUAGCAGCCCUGGCAGUUGUCGUACCGCUUGUGGGUCUGAUGAGUUUCAGCCUCGUCGCGACUAUGACGGUGUUUCUUAUCGUUUCUCCAUUGAUGGUGAUAUUUGCUCCGGUGUUGAUGGCAACGGCGGCGAUUCUUGUGGCGGCUAUGGUGGGUGUUGGGGUGGCUGCAGUCAUGUGGUUAGCAGGGAUCGCCGCUUUGGUUUGUUGUGGACGAGAGAUUGGUGUUGGAACAGGAGUGGCUGAGAGGAUGGUUGAGUCGGUGGUAAGAGAGUUGGGUUACGGUCGGAGUCGUUACUUGCGAUACAAGUGAGAUGAUGGCUCUGCUUCCUUUUCUCAGGGUUUACUUUUGUUCCUUUUUCAACGUUUCUUGAUGUGUACUAUUAAUGUAUUCCUUUCUGUCUCAUGAUUCAUGAAUUUGUUGAAGAAUAUGGUUGUGAAUGAA